ACAUGUAUGUAAAUUUAACAUUUGAGAUUUUACGAAGUUUCGAUAUCUGUGUUUUUUUUUUGCUGAAGUGUAGUUUUUAUAGAAGGUUUAAUCUGGCAUGUACUGGCUCUAAAUAUAGAUACAUGUAUAAGAUGAUCAAAUUCAGUGUAGAAUGGUUUGAACAUGGUUUGAUCAAGUCCUAUACUGUACAGUUCACAUUUCAAGAGUGAAAUAGUUGGCCUACAUCAUGGAUCAGUAUAUGAAAAUGCAAGAAGAGCCAGUGGGCAUUGAUGAGUCAGAUGUUGUGAUGUAUCCCAUGGUAACAUACAACCCAGAAACUGUAGAGCUGCACCCAGAACUAAAAGAUCAGCGACCACGGAGGGCACGUGAGCGUGUUUUACGUUACAUAUCAUUAAUCAGUAUCAGCAACAUUAUUGUGGCAUUGAUUUGUAUAAUUACGUCAUCAGUGGCCAUCAACAUGACUGCCUCGAACUACGAACCUUCUCUAGUUGUUUGUGUCAUGGUUAUAUUUGUUACCUGUCUCAUUUGGUAUUUAAGAUUUGAAGGCAAGAAAACGUCAAUUCAAAGUGAGGGAGUUUCAAAAAUAUUUUUAUAUUGUUUCCUAGCAACAGUUAGUUUUACUGUGAUUAUACUGAUUGUAGCUGGUGUCGCAAUGUACAUACUCAGUCAUGGAGAACUAGAUGAAUGUUACGAGGCAACAAAUGAAAUUGGAAAUCUUGAAAUAAACAAUUGCUUGGAUGAAAUGGGCACGAGAUACUUCUUAGCUUUACUGACAGUGACAUUAUUGGCAGCUAUCGGAAUAAUAUCAGUGGUGCUGUUGUGUUUUUAUUUUUCUGUGGCACGUAAAUUUUCGUUGAGAUUAGGCGGAAACAAUGAGGCGGGAAAAGUUGUUGUGAUGGAAAGAGACGAAGGAGGACGUAAAGUUAUUUAUAGAUAUAACAGUGAAACUUCUGAUAGUGUUGCCACUGAUCACGCUCGACAUGAACGCCCUGAUGAUGUCACAUAGCAAGACUGGUGCUGAUUUAUGAGAUUCAGAGAUAAAUUUCUCUGGAAUUAUGCUGUAUAUAAAUUAAAGAAAUUUAACUUAUACCUUUAUCUAAACUAUCAUAUAGUCUUAUAUUGAUGACUGACAUUUCAUCAUUCAAAGUGAAAAAAGCAAACAUUGUAGAUUAUACCUUUACCUGAAUUAUCAUAAUAGUCUUAUAUUGAUGACUGACAUUUUAUUGAUUAUCAUUCAAAGGGUAAAAAAGCAAACACUGUAGAAGUCGAUUUUACCAAUUUUAACAGAGAAGGUUUUGUUUGUUUUGUUUGUAGAAUAUUCUAGUUUUUUGUCUUGUUGAAAUCCUUAAACUUUGAAUGGAAGACAUUCCAUAAUCUCAGCAAAUCCAUUACAUAAAUUCAGUAGGUAAAUGACCUAGACUGGUCCCUGUCUAAUACAGAUCGGUACAAUUGACUGAUCGUCAUGAAACAUUUUCCACAUAAUUUAACCCUUCAAUCGGGAAACCAUUUCAUUCCAUCUGACUUAUAAAGGCCCAGUUGUCUGUAUAUAAUCAUCAUUAAUUUACUGAAAAGUUUGCCAAACGCCCAUUCUGAAUCUUGAAGUCUGAAUACUGAAGUCCUUGCAACUAAUAUUAUCCACUUUUUGAGUCCGCUUCCUGGAAUUAAGACAUGUAGAAGCCAUAUGAGAAAACCUGGUUGUGAUCAGAAAAUGUCUCAAAUCCAUGAAACACUUCAGCCAACAGACCAAUGGUUCCAGUAGUGUAAAGAGAAAAUGUUUGCUUGCUUUAUUAUAAUGUAGAAUUUCUUUUAACUGUUGAAUCAAAAGAAGCAUAAAAAUAAACAGUAUAUUUAAUGUCUGGCUUUCCUACGUUAUUACUGUUCAAGUGAUUUAAACAUUGUCAACUUUGAGGAUACUUGAUUCUAUUACUAUGAUAUAAUGCAUGAUUUCAGUUUGUUAGUUACAUGAACAAUGACUGUAAAAUUAUGAGCAAGAUAAAAUUUAUAUGCUCUCCAAAAAAGUAUGAUAACAUAUGUUUAGAAUACAUGUAUUUUGCA